GAUACGCGAAAGUGUUAAGUUAUUUUGUAAAAGUUGUCGGAAGUUAAGAAGUGAAAGAAAUAUACCAUAAUUUAUUAAGUAUAAUUAAAAUGUUGAAAGAAUCAAGUGCAGUGUUAAUAAUUUACUUAGUUUUGAUGAUAUGCGUAAGUGAAAUAAGAUCACAUGGCAUGAUGUUAAGUCCAGCAAGUAGAUCUUCUCGCUGGCGUUACGAUUCUACAGCGCUGAAAAAUUAUGAUGACAAUGCUUUGUAUUGUGGUGGCUUUUCAACUCAGUGGUAUACGCAUGAUGGUAAAUGUGGGUUGUGUGGUGAUAAUUACGGUGAUGCUCUUCCACGUGCAAAUGAGUUAGGCGGCAAAUAUGGCGGCACUGGAGUCAUUGUUGCAUCCUAUAAUAGCUACACUGCUGACAUUAGCUUUACUAUUACGGCAAAUCAUUUAGGAUAUGUUUACUUCAAUAUGUGUAACUUGGAUGAAACUUCCGGCAUCGAAACAGAACAAUGUUUCCAAAAACAUCGUUUACUGUUUGCUGAUGGCAGUGAUAAACUGUAUAUUGGUACUACAACUGGUUCUAUAAAAACUACAAUUGUGCUACCCAAUGGUGUUAGCUGUCAACAUUGUGUACUACGAUGGACUUACAAUGCAGGAAACAAUUGGGGAAUUUGCGAGGAUGGCAGUGGCAAAGUCGGAUGUGGUGCCCAAGAAAAUUUUGUUAAUUGUGCUGACAUAAGUAUAGUUUCACCAAGCAGUAGACUGUUGGAGACUUUAUCUGAAAAAAUCAAUGAUCCAGAGAUACCAAUAGAUGUAGAAUAAAACUAAAGUUAAAAAUUAAUAUGUUAGAGCUAACGAUCAAAAUAGAAUUUAUACUCGUAAUAUACAGAAUAAAAUGUAUUUAAAAAUAUAAGUACUAGUUGUACUCUAAGAGCGUUGAUACGUUUCA